AUGGCAAUGGGAACCACAGACCUCAACACAGACAGACUCUGGCUGUGGCAGGGCCGCCGACUCAGAAAUGGCCCCAAGCCACAGCUCAGAUAUGGGUGGCCCUGGGUGGCAGUGCUGGCCACGCUGGUUGAGGACAUCAAGAUGGCCUUAGGUGUCAGCCUGGGCAUCUGCACUGCCUUCGGUGAUGGGAAGCCUUUCAUCUCUCUGAAUGGCCCAGAUAAGAGGAAAAAGACAGGCACUUCAGAUUUAGUCCCUUUUAACUGCACCGCUGGCCCUUUCAGCUCCAGGAACCUCAGUUUUAAUUGGCUGAAGGACAAUAAUGAACUCCCAGCCUCAGCCCCAGAACUGGUGCCUAUCAGCAAUGUAUCUUUUUACGUCACAAGCAAGGCGUGGGUACCAUUGAUCAAACAAGAUAUCUUGUCUCAGAUCACCUGUGAAGUCACCCAUGAGGACCUCGAUGAGCCCCUAACAAUGACCAUCAAUCUUUCCCACGUGAUCCUAGUUGUCCCCACAGUGAAGAUCACCAAGGAACCCCCAGGGAUCCAUGAUCAUGCGCAUCAAAGAGUCACCUUGACUUGUCACGUGAAUCACUUCUACCCCCCAAUCAGACAGCUCACCUGGACUAAGAAUAAUAACAAGAUGCUUACUGUCGAGCACCUGCAGAACACCAGAAACUCCGAUGGGACAUACUCUCUAAAGCACACAUUGCAGGAAGAUGCCAUGUCUGAUGAGAGCACCUUUAGCUGCUGGGUGUUCCAGUCUGACCAGCCUCCGCUGUGGGUCAACAUCACCCUUGGAGCACAGCACCCCACUAAGGGCAGAGGAAGGAAAGACUAUGCUAACCACCUCGAAGGCCCCCUGCAGCGGUACUCACCGGGGACAAGCAUCCAGCUGAAGUACACCUCCUCUGAGUUACCAACGCGGCAGGUUACUGUGACCUGGCUCAAAAACAACCACAGCCUUCUCCAAACCCAGACCCACGUCUUAUCCAGUGGAAAGGGCUACAAUGUGACUAGCAGUGUGCUUGUCCCCCUGGAGAGAAGCGACAUCCUCUCCUCAGUUCUCUGCCGGGUUGAGCACAAAUCGUCUGUGGUUUUCCAGAAGGUCAUCACCUUGGACCAGUACCUCCGUGUCCCUCCUGCAGUGAGAGUGUCCCAGUCUUCCGCUCUCUCCAGUUUGGUGACUGUUACUUGCCAUGUGCAGAGAUUCUAUCCACAGAAUGUGUAUCUCACCUGGCUAGUGGAUUGCCAUGUGCUCAAGAGACUGGAGCAACCUACACCCAAGAGGAAUAAGGAUGGGUCCUACACCCUGGAAAUCUUGCAAUCGAUAAACACAUCACUGCAGAGGCCUGAUCAAGUACUCACUUGCAAGGUAGAACACGAGGCACAACCUCCCAUCCAGGCCAGCAUUAUAUUUUCUGCACCAUCCUAUAUCACGUCCAAAGCCGUUGGGAGCCUAAGUUCGGAAAAAUCUAUCCAUAUUUUUGUGGCUUUCCUCCUAUGCUUCAAGUUACUUCUGGUGGUGAGUGCACUAGCUACCUACAUGUAUAAGCGGUGGAGCCUGUGACUGGAGCUCAAAUGGAGAGAAGAUGAAAGGACCUG